AGAGAGAGAGAGAGAGAGAGAGAGGGAGGGAAGAGAGAUGGGGAUGAUGGGAGCGCUGGUGAAGAAUCCAGGAGAGGUGGUGGCGCUGGUGAAGCUCAAGGCGGCGGCGGCGAAGAUCGCCAAGCAGAUCCCGCCGGAGGAGCACUGGGCCUUUGCCUACACCAUGCUACAAAAGGUCUCACGUAGCUUCUCGCUCGUUAUCCAGCAACUCGGCCCCGAGCUCCGCAAUGCGGUUUGCGUAUUUUAUCUGGUUCUUAGAGCCCUUGACACUGUUGAGGAUGAUACUAGCAUUCCAGCUGAUGUUAAAGUGCCAAUUUUGCAGGCGUUUCAUCGCCACAUAUAUGACCGUGAUUGGCACUUCUCCUGCGGUGAAAAGGACUAUAAAGUUCUGAUGGAUAAGUUUCGCUAUGUUUCAACUGCUUUCCUGGAGCUUGGCAAAGGUUAUCAAGAGGCCAUUGAGGAUAUUACCAGGCGAAUGGGAGCAGGAAUGGCUAAAUUCAUUUGCAAAGAGGUAGAGACAGUUGAUGAUUAUGAUGAAUACUGCCAUUAUGUAGCUGGGUUAGUUGGAUUGGGACUUUCUAAGCUCUUUUAUGCUGCUGGCUUGGAGGACCUUGCUUCAGAUUCUCUUUCUAAUUCAAUGGGCUUAUUUCUUCAGAAAACAAAUAUUAUUCGGGAUUAUUUGGAGGAUAUAAAUGAGAUACCCAAGUCACGAAUGUUUUGGCCCCGUCAAAUUUGGAGUAAAUAUGCCAACAAGCUUGAGGAUUUGAAAUACGAGGAGAAUUCCACUAAGGCAGUUGAAUGCUUGAAUGACAUGGUUACUAAUGCGUUGAUGCAUGCUGAAGAUUGCCUUACAUACAUGGCCGCUUUAAAGGAUAUUGCCAUCUUUCGAUUCUGUGCUAUUCCUCAGGUCAUGGCAAUUGGAACACUAGCAUUAUGUUACAAUAACCUUGAAGUUUUCAGAGGUGUUGUGAAAAUGCGACGUGGACUUACUGCUAGGGUCAUCGAUCAAACAAAAACAAUGGCUGAUGUCUAUGGUGCUUUCUAUGAUUUUUCUUCUAUGCUAAAGGCCAAGGUCAAUGACAAAGAUCCAAAUGCAGUACUCACUCGGAAGCGGGUAGAAGCAAUACAAAAAAUUUGUGUAUCCUCUGGACUACUUAAUAAAAGGGGAUUACGAGUGUGUAAUACUCAGCCUACGAUCAGUCCAAUGCUGAUAAUUGUAGCUGUUGUUCUACUGGCAAUCUUGCUCGCCACUCUUUCAAAAUAAUCUGCAUCGACAUCUAUGAUGUAGAAUUUGUAUUGAUCUUUCCGAUUGUCCAAGUUUUAUUGUUAAAUGUGGCAAUUAAACUUACGUAUGGAAUGCAAUUGAAGAACCAAGAACAAUGGGAUGUACUCCAAUUAUUUCCCUUUAGUUUUUAAUCCACUGUAUUUUGCCUCUUGUUAAGAGGAUGUGUGAAACAGGGGACACUGUUAAACUUGUUUGGAUUGAUGCUAAACAGGGGACAUAAUUGGAAUUUAAAAUACAUAUCAUUGUUC